AGGUCUGCUGCCUGCGCCGUUGCUUGCUGGAGGCCCAGCAUGGAGGCUGCCGGGAGCGGUAGUUCUGCGGCCUGCUGCCGCUCGCAGCUGCGCCUGCGCCCUGUGCUCCGGGGCCGGGCUGUUGCUCGCCGUUACCCGCGCGGGAGCCGCGCGUGGGCCCCGCCGCCGUGACGGUUGGUCUCGCGCCGCAGCCGUUGCGGAGCCGCCCCCCCCCAGGGCGGCGGGGGCGCGAGGAGGGACUUGUUCCAAGGAACAUGGAGGAGUGAGAUCCUUGCCGUUUGAGUUUCUCAUCUAUCUAAUUUUGACAUGAUCAAAUGUUUGGUGGAAGAUGUGCGAGCCAGGCUGCGUUCUGGAGUGACAAUCAGCUCACUGGGGCAAUGUGUUGAGGAGCUCGUUCUCAAUAGCAUCGAUGCCAAAGCAACAUGUGUGGCUGUCAGGGUGGAUUUGGAAGCUUUUAAGAUCCAGGUGGUGGACAAUGGGUCUGGAAUGGGGAGAGAGGACUUAAAUGCGAUGGGAAAGCGGUACUUCACCAGCAAGUGCAGCUCAGUGGGAGACUUGGAGAACCUGGCAUCCUAUGGCUUCAGAGGGGAGGCUGUGGCAAGCAUAACCAAUAUGGCCAGUGUAGUGGAAGUUUCAUCUAAGACCAGCAAGACAGCAAAAACCUUUGUGAAGCUAUUUCACAAUGGGGAAGCACUGGAAGCCUAUGAAGCUGAAUUGAGCAGACCAAGUGGUGGAACUACAGUCACUGUAUGUAAUCUGUUUUAUCAGUUACCGGUGAGGAGAAAGUGUAUGGAUCCUGUGUUGGAAUUUGAGAGAGUGAGACAGAAGGUAGAGGCUGUUUCACUGAUGCAUCCCUCUGUUUCAUUUUCUUUAAGGAAUGAUGUUUCUUGUUCCAUGGUGCUUAAGCUCCCUAAGACAAGAGAUGUAUACUCUCGAUUUUGUCAGCUUUAUGGACUGAACAGAUCACAGAAGUUACGAGAAAUAAAUCACAAGUCUGGGGGAUUUGAGCUCAGUGGCUAUAUCAGUACUGAGGGGCAUUACAAUAGGAAUAUGCAGUUCCUGUAUGUCAAUAAAAGGCUUGUUUUAAAGACAAGACUACAUAAACUAAUUGAUUUUUUAUUAAGAAAAGAAAGUGUCAUCUGCAGGGCAAAAAGUGGCCCUGCAAGCAGACAAGCUAGUUCAAGCCCCAGUCGCCAUCGUUGUGGCCCAGAGUUGUAUGGGAUCUUUAUCCUCAAUGUAACCUGUGCAUACAGUGACUAUGAUGUGUGUCUGGAACCUGCAAAGACUCUAAUUGAGUUCCAGAACUGGGAUGUUCUUCUAGCUUGCAUAGAGGAAGGACUGAAAGUAUUUUUGAAACAAGAACAUUUAUUUAUUGAACCAUGUAGUGAAGACAUCAGAGAAUUUAAUGAAGAUAAUGACUUUUGUUUGUAUAAUGCUCCAGCUCUGAAGUCCUCAAUCUCUGAGGAGAAAAGCAUUCAAGACAGUUUUAAGAAAGCAUGCAGUGAAAUUGUGGAUUCCUAUGAAAUGUGUAGCUUGCAAUCAAAAGAUGUCAAAAGGAAAUCUGUUACUGGAAAAAAGUCUCCAGAUCUUACAGAGUCAAAUAAAAACCUACAGGAAACUGAAACUGCCCCAAGUCAGAAGAUUGCUGAACCAUGUAGAAACAAUAAAGCAGAUAUUCCAGACAUGCCCAGAAAAGAUGACACGAUUUCUGGAUUCAGUAUAUCAGACAUCUCACAGCAGGAGCCAAAAGGCACUAACGCUUCCCAUAAAGGGUUUGAUGUUCAUCUGAAACCUUCAGAAAACUUUCAUUCCUCUUUCAGUGGAGAGGCCAGGCCAGAAAUGAGAAAAAUGGACAAGUGUGUUGACCUGCAGCGUUGUGCAGAGAUGCACACAAAAGGUGUGGGAAGCCAGCAGGUCAAAGCAACACAGAAAAAGAAUGCAAUCCAUACCUUAAACAGUGAUGUUACUCAGUUGCUGUGUGAGAGAGAAGACCCUACUGAAACAGUGGCAUCUGGAACUGUCUCUGGAAGUUCAUUGAUGAGACCUUGUAAUGUAAGAAGAGGAGACAAGGAGAGAACUGAAGUGAUAGAUGAUUCAGGAAGAGAGGCUCUUAGUUCAGUCAAACUGGGUUCUACAGGCCUCCCAAUAUGUGUUACACAAAGUGCCACACCUGAAUGUGAACAACCAGAAACAAAUGUUGCACUGAACAUGCAGUGUAGGCCUGGCCCUGCCAGUACCAAGGGUAUAUUUUGCCACAAAGGAAAUUUUCCAAUUUCUUUGAAUGCUAAGGAUAUUUCCAGUAACACAAGUAAAGAAUAUAUGUCUCCUUACACCAGAGAAGUGUGCAUGGCCGAUGGUGAUGAAUGGUUAAAUAACAAAACUUUGUCAAAGGAGGUGAAUCAAAAGAUAGCUUUGCCUGUUGCCACCAGUAGAAGACAUUAUGAGACAUUGAAUUUUACUCCUUUGCCACUGGCAACUUCAGGUAUUCCUCACAAAAAAGUUCUAAAAAGCACUAGAAGACAAAUAAGUGUGCCACGAUACAAGAGCUCUAAGAAGCUGAGCGGGUCCAUAGAGCUGGGUUCGUUAGAAAAGUUCAGGAGAUACUAUGGGAGAGUCAAGAGUGUGCUACCAAAACCCUUGCCAGAGCAAAGUGAGUUUGAUGCCCCAGUUUUUAUUUCACAAGCUAAUUGUGACUUUUCAAAGAAUGAGAGUGACAAUCAUAGUAACAUGAGCACUUGUGAAACUCCAGUUGUGAAAGGUAAAGAUUCUAAUAGUAGUAGCCAAGUUUUUGGUUCUUUGGAAGAUACUUUGUUCUGUAGUGGAGAAAUUUCACAGCACAAACGAGCUCUUUGUCAUAGUCCUUUGACACUGUCUGGUUACUCUCAGGUUAGUAAAAAAACUACAAGUUGUAGAAGAUCUCCAGGGUCAUUAUCAUCCAAACUGUCCAGAAUGAAAAGUGACCACAAAGAAGUAGAGCACCUUGAUGAACAAUUUCAAAGAGAUUUGUGUAGAAAAGAUGACCACUCUUUGGAUCUUGAAUCUUCAAAAAAUGACACUUUGUCACAUGCUUGUGAAACAUAUAAAUCUUUAGUGGGAGAAACGAGUGACUGUAAUGACAGCGUUUCUAAGGAGGAUGAAUGUGGGCAAUCAGACGUGAGAGCAGAGUCCAUGCAAAGUACUGUCAACCCAUCACCACUCAUCAACGCAGAAGGGGAGUACACAGUCUCUUCAAGCAGUGUUUUAUCUUUAGCUGCUGAAAAGGAUUGUGUUGACAUCACGUGUAAAGACAAAAGUACAUUAGAUGAGCCCUCAGAACAGAAUUUGAAAGAUAUCACCCUAAGUAGCUGGGAAUUCUUUGCAGACAGUACAGGCACAGGUGAUCCCAGGACUGAUUUGUGUUCCAACUGGCUGCAAGAUUUUGACGUUUCAUCGGGUAACACAAUAUACAUCAACCAAGCAACUGGACUGAGCACCUAUGGCACUCCUCCUGCUGAAGAAUUUCAAGCUGCCUGCAUUCAGGAUAUAACAACAAUGGCUGUGAAUGUGGUUUCGGAGAGAGAUGCUGAAGGGCAGUCUCUCCAGUCGUUGCUUUCAGAAUGGCAUAAUCCUGUUUUUGUUCCCUGCCCGGAGAUUGCCAUUGAUGUGACCAGCAGUCAGGCCGAUAAUCUGGCUGUGAAAAUUCACAAUAUCUUGUAUCCUUACCGUUUCACCAAAGACAUGGUUUACUCAAUGCAGGUUCUUCAGCAAGUGGACAACAAAUUUAUUGCUUGUUUAAUCAACACUAGGAAUGAAAUGGAGAAAAAGGCAGAUGGAAACCUCUUGAUUUUGGUGGACCAACAUGCAGCUCAUGAACGGAUCCGCUUGGAGCAGCUUAUUGCAGAUUCCUAUGAGAAGGAAGCUGCAGCAUGUGGAAAGAAGAAAUUACUGUCGUCCUCCAUCUCUCCUCCUUUGGAGAUUGAAGUUACAGAAGAACAAAGAAGAUUUCUACGAUGCUGCUACAGAAGCCUGGAGGACUUGGGUCUUGAAUUAUCAUUCCCUGAAAACAACAAUUCCUUGAUUCUAGUGAGGAAAGUGCCACAGUGUUUUAUAGAAAGAGAAGCCAAUGAAUUACGACGGAAAAGACAACCUGUCACUAAAAGUAUUGUGGAGGAGCUUAUUCAAGAACAAGUUGAGCUAGUGCAGACCACAGGAGGAAGAGCACGAGGAACACUACCUCUGACAUUUCUGAAGGUGCUGGCUUCCCAGGCCUGUCAUGGAGCUAUUAAGUUCAAUGAGUGCUUGACUUUGGAGGAGAGCUGCAGGCUCAUUGAAGCUUUGUCAUCUUGCCAGCUGCCCUUCCAGUGUGCUCAUGGAAGACCUUCCAUGAUGCCUCUUGCAGACAUAGACCAUCUACAGCAGGAAAAACAGCCCAAACCUAAUCUGGCUAGACUGCGGAAGAUGGUGCGAGCGUGGCAGUUAUUUGAGAAAAAAAGACCCUAGUCAAAAAAGAUAAGACUGUGAGAUGCAACCACUCUAAGUGUUGGUAUGAUCCAGGGCCUGCUCUUGCUAGACAACAAUCUGCUGUAUUGAGCCAAGUUGCCAAGCUGCAGUCACUGAAGGUCCACUCCAAGUACUGACUCAAGAAACAGAGACCAGCCAGGGGAACACGGCAGCCUGCAGAAGCAUCUUCAACACUGAAGAACUGCCUUGUAAGCCUCUGUCUUAUGCAAGUGCUUGACUAUCAGAGGCAAGAAGUUGCAGCCACUUUCAGUUACUACAGUGUUUUUUCUCUGCAAGCAUAGCAUGAUUCUGCAUAAUAGAGAGGAGGCUUUUAAUGUAUUUAUAUGAUAAUAGUUUGGAAAUGGGGAGGUAUUUAUUAAUAAAAUUAUGACUAAACUCUU